GACAAGUGUCCUCAGCACAUAAACUGCUUUACAAAAAAUAUUAAAACUAUAAGCUUCUAGUAUAUAAUAGUUGGUUGGAAAAAGUACCUUGUCUGCUCCUCAUUUCUUCAUACUCAUAAUGGGAGUCCUCGCUGUGCUUGUUCUACCUUUACUUCUUUUUGGGAUCAGUGGAAUUAUUUAUAUUUAUCGAGCAGUCAUUCAAUUAAUGUCAAAAUCAGCUGUGAAAAACAAAGUGGUUGUGAUUACUGAUGCCAUCUCUGGAUUGGGCAAGGAAUGCUCUCGAGUGUUUCAUACUGGAGGAGCCAGGCUAGUGUUAUGUGGCAAGACAUGGGAGAAACUAGAGGCCUUGCAUGAUGCUCUAAUCAGUGUAGCAGACCCUAGUGUGACGUUUACACCAAAGCUGGUACUUCUGGAUAUCUCAGAUAUAAACUGCAUCCAAGACGUAGCUAAAGAAAUCUUGGACUGCUAUGGCUGUGUGGAUAUAUUGAUCAACAAUGCCAGUCUGAAAGUGAAAGGAGCAGUGCAGAGUGUUUCCUUGGAGUUGGAUAAAAAGAUUAUGGAUGCCAACUAUUUUGGACCUAUAACACUAACUAAAGCCCUUCUUCCUAACAUGAUCUCAAGAAGAACUGGCCAAAUUGUCCUGGUAAAUAAUAUUCAAGGAAAAAUAGGAAUCCCAUUUCGUGCAGCUUAUGCUGCUUCUAAGCAUGCUGCUCAGGGGUUCUUUGAUUGUCUUAGAGCAGAAGUGGAAGAAUUUGAUGUUUGCAUCAGUACUGUGAGUCCAACGUUCAUCCGAUCAUACCACAUUCAGCCAGAACCUGGCAACUGGGAGGCCUCAAUUUGGAAAUUCUUUUUCAGAAAGCUGGCAUAUGGUGUGCACCCCAUGGAAGUUGCAGAAGAAGUUCUGUGCACAGUGAGCAGAAAGAAGCAGGAAGUGUUUAUGGCCAACCCCAUCCCUAAAGCUGCUGUUUAUAUUCGUAUUUUCUUCCCAGCAUUGUUUUUUGCCAUUGUUGCUUCUGGUACUAAGGACAAGCAGAAAGUGGAAGAGCAGAAAUGAUUUUGUUCACUGCUUUCCAUCUGCUCAUGACUUCAAUAAAGUCU